AUGGAUUCACAGCAGUGCGUCGUCGAUACACAACCUGAGGAUCAACAUGACUGUCAUGGUUCACACACUGCUCGAACAACAACAACUUCCACUACACCACCACCACCCACAAUCAUCAUGAAUGACUCACAAGAAGAACUCUUGUCUACAAGUAGAGUUUCAAGUGAACAUUCUUCAACGAUUCUGCACAAUGAUGAAUCCACCAAUAAUAAUAAUAAUAAUAACAAUAACACUCUCAUGGUUCCAUCUCCUUCCAUUAUUCCUCCUCUUCCUCCUCAUCAUCAACAACAACAACAACUGAAUGAUGUGACAUCAAGUCCAUUACCAUUUACUUCUCAUCGGAAUGAUAUUGCUGGUGAUGAACAUUUGAAGAAAAACAUUCAUGUCUUUUCAGAACAUGUUCGGUCAUCGCUGACUAUUGACCAAUCAUUGGAUUAUAAAGAACUAUAUUUGAAAGAAUUAGAGAAGAACAAAAUCAUGCAAGUACAAUUAAAUAUCAUGCAAAUGGAAAGACAAGAUGAAAUGAGUAUUAUUCAUGAAAUUGAAAAUGAUGGACGAAAUUUACAUGGAUCUAUUAAGAAAUUAAAACAAAUUCACAUGUCGAAUGGCACCCAUCAAGCUAUUCUAGAGAAUAUAAAACGAAAUGAAUUUUUAUUAUUUGAAAAUGAAAUGAAUCAAAUGUUCGAACAACCAUUGCAAGAGUUGGUUCAAAGAAUUCACACACUAGAAAAAGAAUUGAACUCUAUGAAAAUUCAACAACCAUUCAAUGGUAACGUCACAAGUUGUGCCAAAUGUCUCGAAUUACAAAACAAAUCAGCAACGAUCAUUCAGAAGGCCUUUAGAAGUUAUCGAUUGAAGAAGAGAAUGAAACUUCUCCUUCCACAAUAUGAUAUCAUCACACAAAGAAAUUCACUCAUUUCUGAGAUUGUUCACACUGAAGAGACGUAUGUGAAAUCUCUUACCUUAAUUCAACGACUCUAUAUCGAUCCACUCAAGAAUGCUGAUUCUGAUGCUAAAAGAUUUAAUGUAACCAUGUUGGACAUUCAGAAUAUUUUCAACAACUUGUCAACCAUCUUGUCCAUGCACAAAAUAUUUCUAAUGACUCUCAAACAACGACUAGAACAAUGGCCCAAAGUAUAUAUUGGUGAAAGUUUUUUGAAUCAAUCCUUCUUCUUUCUAUUUUAUGUGGAAUAUGUGAAUGGAUACAAUCAAUCUUCAAAUACUUUGAGAGAAUUACGACAAAAGAAUCGAGAAUUUCAUUCAUUUUUGAAUGAAACGAAAAAGAAUAAGGAAUGUAAAGGUCUCUCACUAGAGUCGUAUCUCAUCUUACCCAUUCAAAGACUACCCAGAUACAAACUUCUCCUUAAGGGUGUUCUUAAAAACACUCUACCCGAUCACAAUGAUUAUGCCAAUCUCAAAUCAGCUUACAGAAGAAUCAGUGCAGUCAAUGCUGCAAUCAACUCAAAGAAAAAGGAACACGAAAGUUAUUCCAUCAUUAACAAAAUUUUCAACGAAAUGAAAAUAUUUUCUGUUGAACAAGAUUAUCACUAUGUGAAACACAAAUUACUCAAAGUAGAUGUAGCAGAGAGUUAUGAAAGCAAAUUGAAAACAUUUUUCAUUAGAGAAGGAUUUGCCAAUUACGUUGCAACGGAUAUUCAAAAACCAAAGAAAAUUCAAUGUUUUCUCUUUGAUAAGUUUCUUAUUUUGGUUGCCAUUGAAAAGAAGAUGUUUGUGACCAAUCCUAUUUAUCGAUAUUUACACACUCUCACAUUUUCUGAAGCGAGCUAUAUUUCACAGGAGAAGGGUGAAAAGAUAUUUUCACAAAAGCAACUCGAUCCAGAAUUGGAUUAUCUUUUCAUUGAACAAGACAAUGUUACGCAUGCCAUUUCUUUUGAAAAGGAAUCUCUAAUUGCCAAUACUCAUCAAGAUUGGGCUAAAAAGAUUUACAAAUAUUUACACAAAACAGAACAAGAUGAAUCUGCUGCAAACGAAAAACAAAAGGAAAUGAUUGAAGUGUUGAAAAUCUGUGAUGCCAUGUUUCAUCACAAGUUUAGUAGUGCCACAUCCUCUUUUACCAAAUUGGACUCACCAUUCGAAGAGACAAAGACAUUAAUACGCACAUUUUCAUUUCUAUCAAAGAAAGGUUCGAGUUCUGCUUCCUCUUCUUCCUCUUCGAUAUCACCUGUGAAGAAUGACGAUGAUGAAUCAGAGGUGAAAAAGUUUCUAGACAAUAUUUCAGUAAAUUCAUCACAUUUUUAA